GCGGGGCGCCGGGGCGGCGGUUUCCACUACUGAGCCCCUUUCAGGAAGCCACAGGGUAAGGGAGUGGUUCAGAGAAGCCGGGGAGCGCUAGUAGGCAGGCCGAGAGUACAGACCCGCCCAGUGGCAAAUAUAGAGGCCUGAGUCGGGCUGGAGGUGUGUGCCAGGCGCGCACAUGUGUGUGGAUCCUCCGGCAUGUGCUGUGUGGGCACCUGUCGUGUGAGUGGCUCCGGGCGUAGCUGCUCCGCGGACGCUCGGUUUCUAUGACAUUUAUCUCUUGGAGCCUACCUUCCUCCCAGCUCUAGAAGGGAACGUAAGAAGUUUAACGUGGCUGGGACUGAGCAGAUUAAGGGAGUGGAGCAGCCACUGGGGCGGCGAGGGUGGGGACUUCAAGUGCUGCGGAGAUAGGGAGCCACCCAUUUGCCCGUCUCCCUGGCAGAAAGGCAUUUUGGAAAGACGGGCGUAACAAAGGUGGCUGUGAAAUGUCUACAGAGCCCGGGCAGUGAUGAUCACUGAGUGAGUGGCGCUGGACUGAACCCAGUCUGUUGACGAGAGGGAUGCUAGCAGUGAGGAAAUCGAGGAGGAAACUCAGGAUGGGGACUAUCUGCUCCCCAAACCCCAGCGGGACAAAGACAUCAUUGGAGGUCUGCAAUGCCAACUGGAUGGCCUCGCUCCCGCCUCACCUCCACCACGUCCCUCUUUCCAAUCUGGCAAUCCCAGGCUCCCACGACUCAUUCAGCUACUGGGUAGAUGAAAAGUCUCCAGUGGGGCCUGACCAAACCCCAGCUAUCAAACGCCUUGCCAGGAUCUCCUUGGUAAAGAAGCUGAUGAAGAAAUGGUCUGUGACGCAGAACCUGACAUUUCGAGAGCAGCUGGAAGCUGGGAUCCGCUACUUUGACCUGCGUGUGUCCUCCAAGCCUGGGCACGCUGACCAGGAGAUCUACUUCAUCCAUGGGCUUUUUGGCAUCAAGGUCUGGGAUGGGCUGAUGGAGAUUGACUCAUUUCUGACACAGCACCCCCAAGAGAUUAUCUUCCUGGAUUUCAACCACUUCUAUGCCAUGGAUGAAGCCCAUCACAGACACCUGGUUCUUAGGAUCCAGGAGGCUUUUGGAAACAAGCUGUGCCCAGCCUGCAGUGUGGAGAGUAUAACGCUGCAAACCCUGUGGGAGAAGAAGUGCCAGGUUCUUAUUUUCUACCACUGUCCCUUCUACAAGCAAUACCCCUUCCUGUGGCCAGGAAAGAAAAUUCCAGCACCUUGGGCCAAUACCACAAGUGUGCGCAAACUAAUUCUCUUCUUGGAGACCACUCUCAGUGAGCGGGCCCCACGUGGCACCUUCCAUGUUUCCCAGGCUAUUCUCACCCCCAGAAUGAAGACCAUCGCCCGAGGCCUAGUGGGUGGCCUCAAGAAUACUCUGGUUCAUAGGCUGCAUCAAUCACAGUUUAUCCUUUGAGAUUCAGCAGAAGAUCCUGAUGGAGGAGGAUGAUAACCAGAGAGAGGAGCCCACGGAGGAUGGAGUUGUUGAUGUGCAACAUCUCGGUAAAAACUCACACGGUGCACACUUCAUUGUCAGAGAUUUUCAGUAAAUAUUUACAAUACCUACCCUCCACUAUCCAUAGUGGGAACGAGCCGGAAUUUUUCAGCAUAAACCUAUGAGUCUAGCAAGCACCAGGAAGAUAGCCAGGGGCUGGCAAUCCUUGCCCAGGGCUCUGGUUACAUGCUAAUUUACAGGUUCCUUACCUCCCUGAAAGCAUGUUGUGGUUUUGUUUAGACGAGAUGCUAAAUGACAGGGAGGCUGAAGUAGCUGGUGUGGAAAGGUCUUUUCCCAUAGACUCAUCAGUCAUUCAAAAACCAAAGCCCAGAUGAAAAGGGGGUGGG